UUUAUGUAGGUACUUAUUUUUACUGUAGUCAUGUAAAAAUGUAAAUCUACUUAUAGAUGGUUUUUAAACAAGUUUUGAAUAUUCUAGUUGUAAUCGAUGUUAAAAGAUCUUGUGCUACUUAUUGUAAAUCUUUACGAAAAAUUGCGGGGUUCGAUAAAUCGAAUUAAAGUUCGAUUUGAAAAUAAAUCGAACGGCGUGCCUUUAACUCGACUUCGAUAAACGUUGCAGAACUUAUAAGGGGCCUCUAAAAGAGGCGCCAUUUUUGCUCAAACUAAACAAUACUAACAAAUCGCUAGGCAGAAGCUAGUUUCAAAAAUAUCUUAUUUCCAGCCAGGAUAAGGAGAUAAAUAACGAAAAUAUACUUUAUUAAAAUGUAUUUAAGGUUUUUUUUAUAAUGCAAGUGAUACCAUUGUUGCAAUAUUAGUGUUUAAGCUUAAAAGUGGGCUUUUGCAAUUUCGUGUGACCUACAUAAUUAUGUAUAUUACGAUGUGUGUUGAUUAUAUUCAGAACUUCUGAAUCUUAUUGUAAUGUUGUUAAAUAAAAUGCUAUUGCUUAAGAGUUGUUUUUGUCAACCCUACGUGAAAUAAGGCAUUUGAUACUAAUGGCCCGUUUUGGUAGCUUUGAAACAAUACCAUCUGUAAAUAGUAUUUAAUAAGUAAUGAAUAUCAGGGAGAUAUGGCCCACAGUUGGGCAUAGGCCUCUUCCCUUACAGGGAAAGUUCAUGGAUCACCACGCUCUCAGCGCGAGUUGGUGAUCCUUCUAGGGCGCACACAAAAAGGACUUACAAAAAUCCAUGUAAAUCGGUCCAGACGUUUAGGACUUCGGUGACAUUCAAACUUACAGAAUACAACUUAGAAUAUAAUAACUUUUGCAUUACAUAUAUUAUUGAAUAUGAACACACAUUUUCCCUUAAGAUGAUAAAAAUAUGUAUAAUAAUAUAAUGAUCUAACGAUGAAAUUAAUCGUUACCGUUGUUUGUAAUUGGUCUUCACUGUCUCAAUAAACUGAAAUUCGUCAAAACUAGGCAAUCAAAACACAACACAGUAAAAGUCUAUCUAUUAUCUAGACCGGAAAUAAAAUAAGUCUUUAAAAUUAAAUUUCCAUAAAACUACGGAGUCGCAAAUUGUAAGAGCGCAGUAAAAUGCGCCGUAAAAUGAAUUGGAAACCGAUCAAGUUUUAGUCAUGAUAUAUUUUUUAUCGACGUUAAAAGUUCAGCUUUUAAUAUGGACCUUGGUAUACGAAUCAUCGAAUUCCGAAAGCAUAAAAGGCCACCUACCGGACAUAAACGUAAUAUCACAUUUUCUAGAACAAUUCCUAAAACCAUACAUACAAUCCGUAAAACUUAACAAUGGCUCCCCAUUUCGGGCUAAAGAAGAAACAGCCAUAGAAAAAGCAAUCAGGAAGAAAAUAGCCGGAUUAAAACCUUACCUACAUGAUGAAGAGAGUGAAGAAAAUAAUCUUCGAGCUACAAUAAAUGAAACGGACGACAAUCUAGCAUUACAAGGAAAUGACGAAACAACAAUCAUAGAAUUUGUGCCAAAACAAAACAUGAAACGAGAUAUCAAGAAAUACAAAGGGAAAUCUGUAAUGAAAGCUGUCAAUGAUGACAAGGAUUCAUUCAGAAAGAACAUUAAAAAGUACAAACAGUUGAGGGAAACGAUUAAACAUUUACUAGACAAGGAGGGAGCUGGGAGUAAGACAAAGAAAGUGAUAACGCGAACGCUGGAUGACAUGCUGUCACAGAUGGUCGAAAGCCAAUGCACGUGGAAACCCCCAGAGAAGAAUACGCAGAACCACGUCUUCAGAACACAGAAGAGCACUCACAAGUCUCUGGACAAGCUGCACAAACUGUCGAACCAAGAGUGGAAGAACUUGAGAAAACAAUAUCUAAAUUUCCUCAAGUUCAGAAAACAUCACGAGGACUCCUUCAUAAAUCAAUUCCACGAUUUCUUCUCAGAUAUGAUGAACGACACAUGGUUCCUGUCUUCCCACUAUAAGGUCAAAUGUCAGCUAGUCAAAAUAGGGGAGGACACAGGACAGAAAAUUGUCCUCAGACAAGACCAAUCUUUAGACAAAAACAAAUGCGAAGGAUUCAAAAUUUGUUCCAAUGAGCUGAAGGAAUUCUUGACGAACUUCUAUAAGUAUGUCAACGACACGGCAGUGAGCACGUUCAGGAAUUACGCAGCCAUGUACAUACGUGACGUCAACGUAGAUUUCGGUCUAGACAAAGAUAUCGUAGUAACGGUCAUCGAGAAUCUAAGCAACACGGUAGAGAAGAAAGUAAGUAAAUUAUUCAAAAAGGAACUCGAGAAAUUUACUUUGGACGAAGAAAAGAGAAAGAAUGAGAAUAUUCAGCAUAUCAACAACUUCAUUUCUGCUAUCAUUGACCGUGCUAAAAAGACACUUAAAAAGAGUCUAGAUGGUGAACUAGGAGCGAUGAAAACUAAGCUCUUUGUCACUGUAAAAGACGACCUCAACGUCAAUUUGAAGGUUGACAUGGAUAACCUACAGAAACUCUUCGUAGACAGAAUAUGCACGGUCUUUCUUCUUUGUAAUGGCAAAUACGCAAGUAGAAGACAACAAAAACCAUUUUCGUUUGGCAACAAAGACACGGACAACAUUUAUGUGAAGGUUCAACUUACACUGGACGAUGAACUGAAAGAUUCGAUAGCGUCGAGCGGGUCUUUGGUGCAAGCUUGGGACGGAAAAGACAUGACCCACAGGUUAUUCAACAACUUCAAAAUAGACGUGAAGAAAUACGAUGGCUUAAACAUAACCAGGACUACGAUCUCGUCAAAUGCGAUUACUCAUGGGAAAAUAAUAAAAUGAAUUGAAAUCAAUAUUUUAAUGUUUUAUAAAUAUUUUUACGUUUUA